UCACAAAAGUUACAAAGUCAUUGUAGUGAUCGUCGUCUCCAAACUUAUAACAAUCGGUAGAAAAAAUAACAAAAAAUGUUUGCGAUUUAUUUGCUUUGUAUUGCAGCAUUUGUUGUAACUCCAUCAAGUGCGGGUGGAACCGAAGAUUUUGUGGCAAUUGCAGGCGCCAUCAAUUGUCUUGAGAAAGAAGUAAAAAAUGUCGUUGGUGAUGAUCGAAAGUAUAACACUUGGUUUACUGAAGUACAAAGGUUAAGACAAAGUAAUUCAAAUGCAUUUCAAUCUUGUACAAAAGGAAUGCGUUUCCAACCUUUUGAUGCAUGUUUUUCGACAUUUGCCACGAUUAUGAGAGGUCAAAUCAAUCUACAGGUUAACAAACUAUCAACUAUUGAUAAUACCAAAAAUUGGAGUCAGACAGUUUCGAAAUGUUUGUAAUGAACAUACGAAACAAAUACUCUUAAUAAAUGACUUUAUUAACUGUUUCCUCAAUAUUUAGAGCAUAAAAUUGUAAUUAAAAUGGCAAAGAGAAUAAAGAAUUAAAUGUUGUAAAAAAUGAAGGCUUCAUACAUUUUUGAUUCCUGA